AUGUCUAAUUAUACUCAACUCAACCCAAAUGAUAGAGAAGUAGCAACUGGACCGGUUGCAACAGUGUUAUGUUGUAAUUGUGGUGUACCAAUGGAUGGAUCAUCAGGUUUAGUCAUGUGUUACGAUUGUAUAAAAUUAAAUGUUGAUAUAACAGAAGGAAUACCUAGAGAAGCAAAUGUAUCAUUCUGUAGAAAUUGUGAAAGAUUUUUACAACCACCUGGACAAUGGAUCAAAGCACAAUUAGAAUCAAGAGAAUUAUUAGCAUUAUGUCUUCGAAGAUUAAAAGGUUUGAAUAAGAUAAGAUUAGUUGAUGCAUCAUUCAUAUGGACUGAACCACAUUCAAGAAGAAUUAGAGUUAAGAUUACCGUACAGGGAGAGGCUAUGGCAAACACUAUCGUCCAACAAACAUUUGAAGUAGAAUAUGUUGUUAUUGCAAUGCAAUGUCCAGAUUGUGCUAAAUCAUAUACUGCAAAUACAUGGAGGGCAACAGUACAAAUAAGACAAAAAGUUCCACAUAAAAGAACUUUCUUAUAUUUGGAACAAUUAAUCUUAAAACACAAUGCUCAUGUUGACACAGUAUCAAUUCAAGAAACAAAAGAUGGAUUGGAUUUCUUUUAUGCACAGAAAAAUCAUGCAGCAAAAAUGGUUGAUUUUUUAACUUCCGUUGCACCUGUGAAAGUAAAAAAAUCUGAAGAAUUAGUAAGUACAGAUAUUCAUUCAGGUUCAUCAAGUUAUAAAUUUUCAUAUUCUAUUGAAAUUGCACCAAUAUGUCGAGAUGACCUAGUAGUAUUACCUAAAAAAUUAGCUCAUUCAAUGGGUAAUAUAGCAAGAUUAGUACUUUGUAAUAAAGUCAAUAAUGCAAUGCAAUUCAUUGAUCCUUUCAAUUUACAAACUGCAGAUUUAUCUUCACAAGUGUAUUGGAGAUCACCCUUUCCAUCUUUAUUAGAUGCAACACAAUUAGUUGAAUUUGUUGUAUUGGACGUUGAACCAACCGGUGACGUGAAAGGAAAGUAUGUUUUAGCUGAUAUAGAGGUCAGUCGAGCUAGUGAUUUGGGAUCAAACGAUCAAACUUUUUACGUAAGAUCUCAUUUGGGUGCUAUUUUACAUCCAGGUGAUUCAUGUCUUGGUUAUUAUUUAACGAACACGAAUUUUAAUUCAGAGUUAUACGACACUUUAGACACAGAUAAUACUCCAGAAGUUAUUAUAGUUAAGAAACAUUAUUCGAGAAAAUCCAAGAAAUCGAAGAACAGAAAAUGGAAAUUAAAGAGAAUGGCUAGAGAACAUAAUGAUAUUAUAGCAAAUGACGAUUCAAGACAAGCAAGACAAGAACAAGAAAAAGCUGAAAGAGAUUAUGAAUUAUUCUUACAAGAAUUAGAAGAAGAUGAAGAAUUAAGACAAACUAUUAAUAUGUAUAAAGCUGGUGAAGAUCAACAAGAACCACAACAUAAAGAUGAAGAUGACAUUGAUGAGGAUGUUGAUGAUGAAGAUGCUCCAAGAAUUGGUCUUGAUGAAUUAUUAGAUGAAUUGGAUGAUAUGACCAUUAAUGAUACUGCCAGGAAUGAACAAGAAUAA